CUUUGUGCGCAGUUACGGUAAUGGUGCUGAUGUGGGUGAGGAGGAGAUGUGUGUGUGAGUGUGUGAUGCUGUUGUGCCCUGCUGCCAUUUAAUCCGUGGAUCUACACCGAAUUAUCUACAGACCACUCUAAAUUAUUCAGCAUUGACUGUUUGUCCACCGAACAGGCUGGAUUGAUCUGUAAGAAGAGGCUAAAACAGUUUGAUGAUAAUUAUCAGACCGAAGGAGUGCAGGCUAUUUCUGUUAGCACAAACACAAACCCUGCUAGUCUGGAGCAUCAUUUCUAAAGCAUCAACACCGACAUGGGGUUUGCUUCUCACAGGUACUGAGCUCGAACUUCAAGGUAGGUCCUCACUGACAGAUUUGUAUUAUUUUAUACUUAUUGUUUUGCAUGUGAAUUGAGUAAACAGCACUUGGAAUAGCAUUCUGCUCAGUUAACUGGGCCUCAUGAUUCAACAUUUAAUCUCAUAAUGACCUUUUUGAUCAAGUCUGUUGAAUGGUAUGUUAUGGGAGUUACUGGUCAGCUCCUCUCGUUAUCAACCAGCUGUCAUGUUUAGCAGCUGUAUCUGCUUUAUUAACAAAUCUAUGGCGAGCUUCAAGGCCCCUUUGUGUUAAUGCUGUGUAACAACCAAUGUGCCAUCCACAUGGAGGCUGACUACGCCAAUGUUUAUUGAGUUGGAGAGGAGUGGCCUCACCCCCUCCUUCUCCUUAAAAUUAGAUCACCCAACUGUAAAUCACAUGCACCCCCUUCUGCUGAGCUGAUAUGAACCCAUUACUGUCUCCUUAUGAUGUCCAUGAAUUCUCCAUGUGGUCAGCACAGUCUGGAGAUUAAACGCACAUCUGUGUUUAUUCUAAUCUAUUGUAAGUAUACUAUGAUUUAUUGUUCAAACAAGGGAAAGAUAACACGCUGGGUCCAAUACUUUUGCUUCAACUGAGAAGGUGAUAUGAUGAAAUGAGGUUAAAACAGAAUGAAUGAAUGAAGAGGUGAAAAACGAUGAGAAACGGUCAAAAACGGUCAACAGAGAAUUAUCAGCGCUUACCGCUUACCAAACCCAUUGUCUGACUACACCUGUGACAUUUAAAUAACCUGCCAAACAUCCCAAAACCUAUGAACUGUGAUGUACCUAUAGAACUAAAACUUUUAACAAACAUGUUUUGGCUUCUACAUGUACAGUGAGGCAUCUUUUUAUUACUAUGGAACAGCUCACCUGAAGACCUGAGGACUGCACCAAGCAAAUUGAAAACAUACCUUUUCAGUCUUGCUUUUAACUACAUUUUAUAUCAUUAACUUCUAGUGUUUUGGCAUUUAUCUCUUCUAGUUUUAAUGACAGGAUCAUCUUUUAUUGAGCUAUUUUGGUGCUCCUAUUUUAAUAACUUUUACUGCUGUUUUUAUUUCAUUUUAGAAUAGAAUUCAACUUUAUUGUCAUUGCGCAUGUCACAAGUACAGAGCAACGAAAUGCAGUUUGCAUCCAUCCAGAAGUGCUUAGCAAGUAUAAAUAUAUUUAUAGAUGUACACGGUAUGAAGGAGAUAUAUACAUGAGUGUAUCACAGGUAUAUAACAUUGCUAUGAAUAUGCUAUAACUUUAAGUAUGUACAGGCUAUCGUGGCGUAUGUGGGUCAAUGACGUGACGCCUCAAUAUUCUGUCCAGUAAAAAAUAUAAAAAUAUACUUUCUAUAUGUAGCAUCUCUCUCAUAUAUGUAGUCACUUCAACUUUUCAAAAAUCAGGUCUUAUUUGUAAUUUUUCUGAACUUAAGAGUGUCAAAAUAUCAUGUGGUGCGACCAAUAAUAACAUUAAUUGUAUUAAAUACAAACUAAAAUAUCUCGUUUCUGUAACUGAAACAUUAAUACCUGAUACAAUAUGCUUAAGUGAAAGGUAGUUUUAAAUCAUUUUCAUCAGUAUUAUGCAAUUUAAAGAAAAAAUUAGUGAGUUAACUACAUUUAAUAUAGUGACUGUGACAUUAUAGAGCGAAAAUGUGAGAUCAUUAUUUACAAAAACUCAGAUGAAAUGCAAACACUUUGUUUCUAUCUACUUGAUAUUACUGACAAUUUGUAAAAAAAUAUUAAGUAUGUUGAAAAAAUGUAAUAAUUUUGAGAUAAAUUGUGGUCGCACCACAUGACAUUUAUUAAGGCCACGGGCAAUUCUUUCGUAAUUUAAAAAUUUUACUAAUUUUCGUAUACACAACAUCCUUAGUGUUUGAACGUUUGCAAAAUAUAUUCUUAUUUUUGCUCUUUUAAAACUGGCAUGUUUAAAAACCUUAUACGUCAUUGACCCAUGUACAGGCUAUGAACAGAUUAUACAUAUGGUUAUAAAUAUGAAGGCUAUAAACAGACUAUAAAUAUAAGGAUAAAUUAUGCAGUAGUGCAAUACUGGAUGUAUUUACAGUAGUGAAAAUGAGGUUUGAAAAGUUUUAAGAUGGUUUACAGAUAUAAAGUGCAGGUAAUUGUAGAUAAUUGUAAGUGGUGGUUCAGUGGUUGUGAGUGUGUGUGUGUGUGUGUGUGUGUGUGUGUGUGUGUGUGUGUGUGUGUGUGUGUGUGUGUGUGUGUGUGUGUGUGUGUGUGUGUGUGUGUGUUCAGUCCAUGAGUGUUAAUAUGGUUCAGAUGUCAGGAGGUAGAGUCCAGGAGUGUGACAGCUGUGGGGAAGAAGCUGUUCCAGUACCUGGUGGUCUUAGUCCGGAGGUUCAAACAAAAUACAAACAUAGAUCAAGACCAGUCGUGUAUCUAGUGUGAGUGAAUGGUGUGUAAAUAUGUUUUAUUAGUGUUUGCUGAUAUAAUGUUCUGGUCAUAUAGAGUCCUGAUUCUACUGAUGACAUUUUCUCAGAUUUUAUUUCAGUGAAAAAUGGAGACAAUAUGGCUUUAUCAGUUCCGUCUGAUUGUCAUCGGAGACUCCACGGUGGGAAAGUCGUGUCUGAUCCGCAGGUUCACGGAGGGCCGCUUUGCGCAGGUGUCGGACCCGACUGUGGGCGUCGACUUCUUCUCCCGCCUGGUGGAGAUCGAACCUGGUAAAAGAAUCAAACUGCAGAUUUGGGACACCGCGGGACAGGAGAGGUUCAGGUAAAAACAUCAUGAGAUAUAAGUUAAAUUCACUCAGAUAUCUGCUGCCUGUCCAUGUUUUAUUUUUUUCUGAAGAUAAUAGAUCUAUAUUUGAAAGCAAGCAGUUACACUGACAUGUAUCUAAGACAGUUCAGUGGCUUCUCCUUGCAGUCAAAAAUCCCAAGAUAUACAACUAAUUUAGGAUCAAUUAGGAGCUGACUAUUUCUGUCCAGCACCAGACCACUUUAGCAGAAGCAGUAGAGUUGAAAGUUAGUGUGGUAUAUUAUGAGGUGUGAUACACAUGUACCAGCUCAUGUCUAGAUGUUGUAGAAGUUGGCAAAAGGAGUGUGAGAAAUAAUGGCGACAGUAAUUCACUCAUCACCCUGUUCAGUUUGAUGCUAUUAUUCUGUCUCUGGACAAAUAUAUUUAUUUUGAUUUAGUCUUUCGAUGUGCUAUAAUUAGUUUUUGAACUACAACUGCCCAUCAUUCAUAUAUCUAUUUAUGCAUGUGUCCAGAUCCAUCACUAGGGCGUACUACCGUAACUCUGUGGGCGGACUCUUACUCUUCGACAUCACAAACCGCCGCUCCUUCCAGAACGUCCAUAACUGGCUGGAGGAGGCGCAGAGCCACGUCCAGCCUCACAGCAUUGUCUUCCUGCUGGUGGGUCACAAGUGUGACUUAGAGGCCCAGCGUCAGGUGACCCAGCAGGAGGCAGAGAAGCUGGCGGGGGCCUUUGGGAUGCGCUACGUGGAGACAUCAGCACGGGACGCCAUCAAUGUGGAGAAGGUGCAGAAUCUAUCUAUCUAUCUAUCUAUCUAUCUAUCUAUCUAUCUAUCUAUCUAUCUAUCUAAUGUGGUGUUUGUUUCUUCUUUCUUAGGCCUUCGUGGAUCUCACGAGGGACAUCUUUGAGCUGGUCAGGAACGGAGACAUUAAGAUCCAGGAUGGCUGGGAGGGCGUCAAGAGUGGAUUCGUCCCCAACACCGUCCACUCCUCUGAGGAGGUCACCAAAGGCAGCCGGCAGUGCUUCUGCUGAUUCACCUGUCUGCAGCAUGAAGGAUCACAGGUCGUAACUCAUAGGACUCCCUGCGUUGGAGAUUUCUUUCACCUUGCCUGCACUCAGGCCAAUUUUUUUUUUUUUUUUGAGGGGAGGACUCAAAAUAUUUUCCUGCUCAGUUCUUCACUCUCCUUCUAUAUAUGAGACAUUGUUUUGUCUUUCUGGUGCCUGUUUCUGACUCUGUCCCAAACUCAGACACUUUGUUGAUUUUCCUAAGAGGCGUAGAAGCACAAGAAUCCUCCUAACCUCCUCACUGUUGUGUGUGCAUGUGUAUGUGUGACUUUAAUAACCCUGCAGCUGUUACCUACACUUCAGCUUUAACACUCUUCUUGGCCUUUCUGACAUGUACAGUUAUACUCCUACGGCCAGUUAUGUUGUUUAAGACUAAUACUGUUAUUGAUGUGUGUUAUAUGACGAUGUUAACUUCAAUCUGAGUCUGUGAGCCAAGACUGAGCCACGUGUCUUUGCUGUCCUUCAUAAUUCUCUGAAUAUUUCACUGAUGGAGCUGCACAACAAAUUUAAGAUAUUAAAGAGCAACGAAGGUCAACUCUGCUGGAAAAGUUUGGAGGUAUUGACUCAUGUCAUGUUUGUCUGUCUGACUGCAACUUGAUGAAAAGUACCGGAGGAAAAGUUUGCACUGUGAAAAUGUUUAAUGAUGAAUUUGCUGUUUUCUGAAAGGAAAAAGUUUCUACUGUAGCUGCUUACUGACUUAUAGCCAUUAUAAACUCAUCCUGACAAGGACUUUUUAAUCAAUAAGGCGACAACCCAGUUUGUGUUUACUCCUCUGUGCUGGUUUACUGGUGAGAACAGUUAUGCCAUAAACGCCUUUUGUAUGGAAGCCCAAAGUGAUCAGUAUUAAUUAAAUAAAGCAUAAAUUUUGAAAAAAGAUUUGUAAAUAUCUGAG